GAACAGAGAACGGAUGCGUGUUCGAUGAAAACCGCGCUUCUCAUCGAAAACGUAGUGUCGCCAUUAGAGAAACCAUUGUUUUGACAAUAGGCUGUGUCAACAAUGUCGACGCGUAGAUUCAAGACCGCAACAAUCGCAAUGAAGUGCGUCAAAAUGCAGUAUAAAUAUUUCAUUAAUGGUGUCAAAUUCCUGUGAGAAGCCUUCGAAUGGACAAAUGGCUCCAAGAUAGAAAGCUCUGGCUAUUUGGUAGCACGCUGCCGUUGCUACCAAGGAGGUCUCGGGCGCCGAGCAAAGCCAUGGAGCGUUACGAACGUCUAGCACGACUUGGCGAGGGUAGCUACGGCGUUGUCUUCCAGUGUAGGGAUCGGCAAACUGGAAAAUUGGUAGCUGUGAAGAAAUUUCAGCAGACUGAAGAUGACCCACUGAUACGUAAGAUCGCUCUACGAGAGAUCCGUCUUUUGAAGAAUCUCAAGCAUCCAAAUUUAGUUAAUCUUCUGGAAGUCUUCAGGCGGAAAAGGAAAUUACAUCUAGUAUUUGAAUAUUGUGAAAACACCCUUCUAAAUGAAAUGGAGAAAUAUCCAAGUGGUUGUCCAGAUCUUACGACGAGGCAAAUCACCUGGCAAAUUCUGCAGGGUAUUGCUUAUUGCCAUCGUCUUGGAUGUGUUCACAGAGAUGUGAAACCAGAGAAUAUUCUUAUCACCGGCGAAGGUGUAGUAAAAUUAUGCGAUUUUGGAUUCGCGCGUAUGCUUAGUCCUGGAGAGAACUAUACAGAAUAUGUCGCGACCAGGUGGUACAGAGCACCCGAAUUACUGCAGGUUGGGGAUACGCAGUAUGGUACUCCGGUCGAUGUGUGGGCAAUCGGUUGUGUGUUUGCAGAAUUAAUACGGGGUGAAGCUUUGUGGCCAGGAAAAUCAGACGUAGAUCAAUUGUAUUUAAUACGAAGAACGUUGGGCGAUCUUUUGCCGAGACACAUAGCUAUUUUUCAACAGAACGAAUUUUUUACUGGCAUCACUCUUCCAACACCGCAAACGCUUACACCUCUCGAAGACAUUUUACCCCGUGGAAAUAGCACCUCUUUACAGCUGGAUUUCCUAAAAAAGUGCUUAGAUAAAGAUCCAAAUGAAAGGUGGACAUGCGAACAAUUGUUACGACAUUCUUAUUUCGAUAAUUUUCAUUUCAAAAUGCCGGACGUCGAGACAGAAGAAUUUGAAAAACUUAAAAAAUAUCGAGAACGUUCUCGGAAUGCUAAUUAUAGUCAAAUGGUAUUACCGCAAUUACCCAAGGCUGGUACUUCUGUUCAUAGCCAAAGUGAAAAUAGACCAAAAAGCUCCUCCAUACAUCAGCAAAAUUUUGACCAUCUGCCUACCAUAAGGGGUUAAUUAAUCUCCUCUGUGAUUGUACAUAUAUUCUCUUAAACUUUUUGAAAAUCUUUUCGUUAAUUUAUAUAAUUCUGUAAAAAAAUAAUAUUAUC